CUGACCAAAUGUUGACACGUCUUCGUAUGAACGAAGCUCACUUAAGCCGAGUAUACAAAAAAUUGGAAUUCUUUGAAACUAAAAUUGAUGAUUAUGAAGAUCAUAUUGAUGAAUAUGAAAGUUUCGUCGAGGAGUUAAGAGUGUGGAACGAGAAACUAUCGAGAGAAUUUGAUACAGGAAUGAAAAUUGUAAUUGGUCGAUUGGACGAAAUCGGUGAAAGAG